AUGAAUCUAUCCCUUACUCCUUUCCGUCGCCUCUCCCUCUCACCCCGCCGUCGCCCUCUCUCCCACCCCGCCAUCGCGUCUCUCUCCCUCCUAGCCGCCGUCGCCGCUCCCUCCCAUCCCGCCAUCGCCCCUCCCUCCUUUCCAGCUGCCGUCGCUGCUCCCUCCCAUCCCGCCGCCGCCUCUCCCUCCUCCCGCCGUCGCCCCUCCCUCCUCUCCGCCGUCGCCUCGCUCCUCCACGCCGUUGCCUCUCCCUCCUUCCCGCCAUCGCCUCUCCCUCCUCUCCGCCGUCGCCUCUCCCUCCUCCCCACCGUCGCCUCUCCCUCCUCUCCGCCGUCGCCUCUCCCUCCUCCCCGCCAUCGCCUCUCCCUCCUCUCCGCCGUCGCCUCUCCCUCCUCUCCGCCGUCGCCUCUCCCUCCUCUCCGUCGUCGCCUCUCCCUCCUCUCCGCCGUCGCCUCUGAAAUUCCCUUGUUUUUUGCCCUGUGUCAAUUGGUCUCCCCUUGCAUUGCACUUUCAUCCGACGAAGGGGAGAGCGUGUGCACGGGAGCGAACGCGCAGGAGAGAGCGAAGGAGAGAGCGAAGGAGAGAUCGAAGGAGAGAGCGAAGGAGAGAGCGAAGGAGAGAGCGAAGGAGAGAGCGAAGGAGAGAGCGAAGGAGAGAGCGAAGGAGAGAGCGAAGGAGAGAGCGCAGGAGAGAUCGCAGGAGAGAGCGCGCGAGAGAUCGCGUGAGAGAGGGCGUGAGAGAGGGCGUGAGAGAGGGCGUGAGAGAGCGCGUGAGGGUGCGCAUGAGAGAGCGCAUGAGAGCGCGUGA